AUGGCGGCAGCGAAGAGCGAAGACCCAGAAAAAGCCCACGUGGAAGAAGAAGAAGAGUCUCCAAUAGAAGAAGUAAGAUUAACGGUGAAGAACACGGAUGACCCGACCCAGCCGGUAUGGACCUUCCGAAUGUGGUUCCUGGGUUUGGUCUCCUGCUCCCUCUUGUCCUUCCUCAACCAGUUCUUCUCCUACCGGACGGAGCCACUCGUCAUCACUCAGAUAACCGUGCAGGUGGCCACCCUCCCCAUCGGCCACCUCAUGGCGGCGGUCCUCCCCAAAACCACUUUCCGGAUCCCCGGGUUCGGGUCGAGGCAGUUCUCAUUCAACCCGGGCCCCUUCAACAUGAAGGAGCACGUCCUGGUGACCAUAUUCGCCAACGCAGGCAGCGCAUUCGGGUCCGGGUCGCCCUACGCGGUGGGCAUCAUAAAUAUCGUGAAAGCCUUUUACGGAAGGAAAAUAUCUUUCCUUGCUUCAUGGCUCCUCGUCAUCACCACUCAGGUGUUAGGAUACGGUUGGGCAGGGUUGCUGAGGAAGUACGUGGUGGAGCCUGCCCACAUGUGGUGGCCCAGUACCCUCGUUCAGGUCUCUCUUUUCCGGGCUUUGCAUGAGAAAGAUGAUCGCAGGUUUUCGAGGGCAAAGUUUUUCUUUAUUGUACUGGUUUGCAGUUUUUUUUGGUAUGUGAUCCCUGGAUACUUCUUCUCAACGCUCACAAAUAUAUCAUGGGUGUGUUGGAUAUUCUCCAAGUCAGUCACGGCUCAGCAGCUAGGUUCGGGAAUGAAUGGCUUGGGACUUGGUGCAAUCACACUAGACUGGUCUGCUGUAGCAUCAUUCUUGUUCAGCCCUCUCAUCUCACCCUUCUUUGCCAUUGUCAAUAUUUUUGUUGGCUACUCAGUCACAGUGUAUCUUGUGAUUCCUGUAGCAUACUGGGGCCUCAACUUGUACAAUGCAAAUAGGUUUCCUAUUUUCUCAUCAGACUUGUUCACAUCCAAUGGCCAACAAUACGACAUAUCUGCAAUUGUCAACGAAAAGUUUGAGUUAGAUCUUGACAAGUAUCACCAACAAGGUCGAAUUAAUCUUAGUGUUUUCUUCUCUCUCACUUACGGAUUUGGAUUUGCCACCAUAUCAUCCACCCUUACACACGUUGCUUUCUUCUAUGGACGGGAAAUUAUGGAUCGAUAUCGUGCUGCAGCAAAAGGUAAAGAAGAUAUCCACACAAGACUGAUGAAAAAAUACAAAGACAUACCUUCUUGGUGGUUUUAUGUGAUGCUGGGCGUGACGCUUCUGGUUUCUCUCAUGCUAUGCAUCUUUCUAAAUGACCAGGUUCAGAUGCCGUGGUGGGGACUUGUCUUUGCUACUGCCUUGGCCUUUAUAUUUACACUCCCAAUUAGCAUCAUAACUGCUACCACAAACCAGACACCAGGACUAAACGUUAUUACCGAGUAUAUCUUUGGUCUCAUUUAUCCCGGAAGACCAAUAGCAAAUGUAUGCUUCAAAACCUUUGGUUAUAUAAGCAUGGCUCAGGCUGUCUCCUUCCUCAGCGAUUUCAAGCUUGGCCACUACAUGAAGAUCCCUCCAAGAUCAAUGUUUUUAGUACAGUUCAUCGGUACAAUACUUGCUGGAACCAUAAGCACUGGUGUAGCAUGGUGGUUGCUGGACUCUGUCAAUAACAUAUGCCAUACAGAUCUUCUUCCUGACGACAGUCCCUGGACAUGUCCAAGUGAUCGUGUUUUCUUUGAUGCAUCAGUUAUCUGGGGUCUGGUGGGACCAAGGAGGAUCUUUGGUUCUGAAGGAAACUACCGAGCAUUGAAUUGGUUUUUCCUUGGAGGUGCUAUAGGGCCAAUACUAGUUUGGCUAUUGCACAAGGCAUUCCCCAAGCAGUCAUGGAUUCCUUUGAUCAAUCUUCCAGUCCUUCUGGGGGCAACUGGGAUGAUGCCACCGGCAACAGCAAUGAACUACAAUUCUUGGAUUAUAAUUGGAACCGUUUUCAACUUCUUUGUCUUCCGUUACAGGAAGAAGUGGUGGCAGAGAUACAACUAUGUUCUUUCAGCAGCACUUGAUGCAGGGGUUGCUAUUAUGGCUGUUGCGCUCUACUUUGCAGUGGGCAUUGAAAACAGAAGUAUCUCUUGGUGGGGAAAUGAUGGGGAGCAUUGUCCCCUUGCAACUUGCCCUACAGCAAAGGGCAUAGUGGUUGAUGGCUGCCCUGUAUUUUAAUUCUUUUUAAGCUUUUUGAGAACUUGUAUAUAUUUCAUUUUCUCAGG